AUGUCUCUCGCAACCCUACAUACCACAGAGCACUCCAAUCUCCCCGCCGUAUCCACAAUUCUCUUCAAAGCCAAGGCAGCCCACAAGCUGAGCUUCGAGGAAAUUGGCGAGCACCUCGGUCGCAAUGAAGUAGCCGCAGCUGCCAUAUUCUACGGACAGGCCAAGGCAUCGCCCGAAGACAUCGAAAAGCUGGCCGAUCUGCUUUUCAUCCCCCAGCAGGCUUUGGAGGAUCACCUCAGCGGCUUCCCCGAUCGCGGUCACUCCGUCGAAAUGCCGCCCAAGGAGCCCCUCAUCUACCGACUGUAUGAGAUUGUGCAGAAUUAUGGUUAUGCCUACAAAGCGGUUCUCAAUGAGAAAUUUGGAGAUGGGAUUAUGAGUGCUAUCUCGUUCUCGACGAAGGUUGAGAAGGAGGUUGAUGAGGAUGGUAAUGACUGGGCUGUUAUUACUCUUCGUGGAAAAUGGUUGCCCUUCUCUCGGUUCUAG